AAAUUUAUUUAUUGAAAAUAAAUGUUUUAACUUCUUUCAAGUAUGUCUGCAGUUAAAGGCAAGUUUGUUAGUGCUUUUCAAAGCAUGCAGAUGCUUGGGGAUUAUUGUGCAAGUGAUAUAGCUGAUGAUUCUUCUAGAAAAGGAUCUGAAUUAACUAAUAAUAAAAUCUCUAUUACAAAGAUAAAAGACUUUAAAUCAACAACACCUAAUAAUAUUGAAGAAAUUCAUAAUGGUGAUGAGUUAUAUAAUCCUUUAGAAGAAGUGGAUCAUCUGAACACCAUUCAAACUGUUGAUAUGGAAAUAGUUAGUGAUAAUGAAAAAAUUGAUUUUUCUCAAGAUAAUGAUAAUACUUGUUUAAAUUUAAAUGAUAAGAAGCAGAGGUCUGGUAGUGAAAUGUUGCAAAAUGAUUCAAUUUUUCAGGAGGAAGACCGUGGUUCUCUCAGUGAUAUAAAUUAUCAAUCUUCACCAGAAAAUACCCCAAAGGACAAAAAACCUUUUCUUUAUUUAAAAAAAAACACUAAAAUUGAAUCAUCAAGUAAAGCUAAUGAAACUAUUGAUGAUAAUGAUGAGUUGCUUGGAACUGCUUUAGCCGAAUUAGAGGAAGAAGAAAGAGAAGAAAAAGAAAAACUUGCAAAAAAAAUGUUAGAAGAUCAAAAAAGGAUUGAGAAGCAAAAGAAAAAAAAGAAAAAUAAAGAAAAGCUUCAAAAGGCCAAAGAUAAAAAGAAAAAGAAAAAAAAGAAAAGAAAAUACAAAAACAAAAAAGUUAGCAGUGAUGAAGAAAAAACAAAGAAAAAAAAGGAAAAAAAAAAAGAUAAAGUGAUUAAAGAACAAAAUGUAUUAAACCCAUUAGAAAAUUCGUUAAAAGUAAGUAGUGUGAAGCAUGGUUUGUCAUUAGAGAUUAGUACACAAGCAAAAACCAUUAGUAAAGAUGACAUUAAAUAUAAAAAAAAGGAGAAAGAGUCUAAAAAAAAUUCCGAUAUUCGUAAGGAUCUUAAGUAUAAUUCUCAGAGGAAAAACACAGACUUUAAAGAUCGAGAAAGUUUGGAAUUCAGGUCUCAAGAAAGUCAUGAAAGUUAUAAAAAACGUAACAAUAUUGAUGAUUAUAUUGAACCAAAUCGUAAAAGGUAUACAAAUGAUUUUAUUGAACAAAACCAUAAAAGAUCUACUGAUGAUUAUAUUGAACCAAAUCGUAAAAAAUUUACUAAUGAUUUUGUUGAACCAAAUUAUAAAAGAUCUACAGAUGAUUAUGUUGAAUCAGUUCGUAAAAGAUAUACAGAAGAUUAUGGGGAACCAAAUUUUAAAAAAUCUGCAGAUAAUUAUGUCGAACCUAAUCGCAAAAGAUCUAGAAAAGAUUCUGAUGAUAGACAAGUUUUACACAAAGAUUCUGAUGAUAGAAGAGUGCCAUAUAAGGAUUUUGAUAAUCGAAAAGUCAUAUAUAAAGAUUCAGAUGAUAGAAGAGUAAUAUAUAAGGAUUCUGAUGAAAGAAGAGGUAUGAAUAAAAACUUUGAAAGCAAGAAAGACAGUUCGCAAGCUUAUUUUACAAAGAGUAAUGAUAAGAAUAAUGAUGGUCAUAGACAUAAACGUACUGAUUAUGAAAUUGUCUUGCCUGAGAAAGGUUAUUCGAUACCAGAAAAAAAUUAUAAGAACUCAAAUUUAGAUAAAUUGAAAGUAAUUUCACCUUUGGAGCCAACUCGAAACAAGUUAUAUAAUAAAUCUAGUAAAGUUUAUGAAAAUAAACAAAAAUCAGAAAGUGAUACUUCACAAGAAUCAGAUAGUGAAAAUACAAAAAUUAUUCCUCAAAGAAUUUCAUUCUUAGAAAACUACUCUAAAGAGUUGAGUAAAUACAGGACUCAACACAGUACAGAUUUAAAUAGUCAAAGAGAGGUAUCAGGAAAACAUAAUUUAGCAGUUAAUGUUUCUCGUAGUAACCGUAAAUCUAGUUCUAGUACUACAGAAGAUAAUCGACCAGAAAGAUCUGAAAUCCAAAGUGGUAAGGAUUUUUCUUACCAAGACCAAACAAAUGUUUCAAAAUCUUCUUAUCUUGACUCGGACAAUUCUUUAUCACAAACAAGUUGUAAAGACAUUUCGCCUACAGAAAUAGUUUCUAAAGCUCUAUCGCCUAUACUUGUUUCGCCUAUUGAUAAAAUUGUUUCACCUCCCUCUAAAAAUGUCUCGCCUUUGAAAAAUGUUUCACCUCUACCUAAAAAAGAUGAGAGUAUUUAUUCACCAUCUUCAAUUUUAAACACAGAAACAGCUAUCGAUUUACCUCAGGACAAUUUAUCAAUGAUUGAUAGUGUACAAAGCGAUGACUCAUCUCAGGAUGCAAAUGAACCCAAUAACUCAGAUAUAAAUACAUUUUCAUUUUCAAACAAUUGGCAUAAUGAGCACUUAAUAUCUGAAACUGAAAAAUAUAAUGAAGAAAAUGAUGAUAAAAAAAGUGGUAUGUUGAAAUUACAUGAUUAUCAGAGACGCAAACUAUCUGAAAAGUGUCAAGAACUUUCCUCAUCUCGUGCUUCAAGCGAUGUGAGCUCAUCAAGUGCUGUUCCAAGUCCAGAACAAAAAACUUCAAGUAAAGAAAACAUAAGUAAUACUAAAGACAGCAAAAAUGGCACUGUUGAUUCAAAUAACGUCAAGCCAAUUAUUCCACUUUUAACAGAUAAUGAGAGUGAUGAGCAUAAAAACAAAAAAUCUUGUCCAUUAGACGAAGAUGAUGGUGGCGUUGCCACAAACUCAGAUGACAAUUCUCCUUAUAAUCCAGAGGUUGCGAGUCCCAUUGACAUUUCUUCACCUCCUUCACCAAGUGCAGCUGCUAUCGAAGAUGAAAGAGGCGUUGAUUUUGCCGCAUACAAGGAAGUUAUAGCUUUUCAAGAUAUAAUGAAGUCAAAAGUUAAACAUGAAGCAAGAAAACAUAAAAAGCGUAAGCUGGAAGAAAUGAAAGGACAAUCAGAAAAUAUAGGAAGUUCCAAGCCAAAAUUAGUAGAUUAUUUGUUACGCCAAGCAAAGGUUGAAGAGCAAAUGAAAUGUGUUUUAAAAGCCUACUUUAAAAAUAGAGAAAUCACAAAGGAGGAAUACAAGAAUAUUUUAAAGAAAGCUGUUCCUCAGGUUACCAUGUCGGACAGUCCCAUUAUCCCUGAAAAGAUUCAAUCACUGAUGACAAAGUUUGUUCGUAAAUGCAAAGGUCAACGUUUGAAAGAGGAUAAAAAUCGACAAAAGCAGCGUAAAGAGUUUGCUGAACAGCAAAGACAACUAGAACUUCAAAUUCAAACCAGUAAUGCUGUCAUUAAUAGUUUCCAACAAAUUCGAGUGCUUCCGAACCUUCCUAUGCCGCCUGUUAUCAAUUUGUGAGGAAAUUUUAGCCUCAUAAUUAAGCAGCUUAAAACAGCUUAGAAUCAUGCCAGCCUGAGUGAUCAUAAAUGUUUUACCAAAUUACUUCCUACUUAUAGCCACAAAUAACGCCACCCAGUUUAUAAAUAAGAUUUACGAGUAACUGGCGAAGACAUCAGUUAUAAAACUUUCAAGCAAGAAAAUAAAAGCUCUUUUUAAAUGUUAACUAAGUCUGCAUUGAAAUAAUGUUGGAUUAAAUAAAUAAGCUUAUAUUGAAAUAACUUUAAUAUUUAGCAAAAAAUAAUUUUUCUAUUACGUGCAUAAGUUUCUCAUUUGAUUAAAAUGAGGCUUAAAUUGCUUUAAAUUUUUCACUACUCGUUUAUAUUUUGACAGGCUUUAUAAAGUAUAUCCUAUACUUUAUUCGUGCUGAACAACUUUGUGAUUUAAAACUUCUGUUUGAGCAUUAAAAAAUGUCUUUUUAUAUUUUUGAAAUAUUGUACAAUAACGUUUCUAAUUCGAA